AGGGGGCGGGGCUGGAGAGAGAACUGGGGUCUGAGAGAACAUGGCGGCGCGCUAGUGAUAAGCUCCCUCGGGUACACUUCGGUGGUGGUCAACAAAAGCAACAUGAAGAACAAGCAGCUUUCUCAAGAUGUGCGGGAAAGAGUUGUAGUGCUCCACAAAGCUGGAGAAGGGUAUAAAAAAAUUUCAAAGGCAUUGACUCUCCAUGUAAGCACAGUGCGCAGUAUCAUUAUGAAAUGGAAGACCUACAACACUACCGAGACUCGUCCCAGGUCAGGUCGCCCUCCCAAGCUGUGUAACCAAGUACGCAGGAAAUUAGUUGAGGAUGUCACUCUGCAGCCAUUGACGACUCUAAAAGAUCUCCAGAAUUCUGCUUCUCAGAUGGGAGUCCAGGUUCACACAUCAACAAUAUGUCGUUCCUUACGCAAAGGCCGGAUUUAUCACUUGUCAUCAUACGGUAAACUGGAGUCCUCUCCACCCAUCUUCUACCCGGUCUCCACAGAGACAAUGGAGACUACAACGUGCUAUGAGGCUGUGGUCCCUCACUGGUUCUACUCCAAGACACAGGACGGCAAUAGCUACUGGAAUCCCUUCAGCAAGGAGGACUCCGACAAACUAGAGGCAGCGUUCUGCUCGGGAGUCAAUCCAAACAGUAUUGUUAUACCAGUAUGCGGCAGCCGAUAUGACGUUUACUUGGGCAGUCGCAGGCGCCUAUCUGUAUACUGGGAUCAAGAGGACUCGAUAGUACAGAGAUGCACCUGGUUCUACAAAUGCGACAAAGACAGUCGAUAUAUCCCAUAUCCAGAGAACUUCAGUGAGAUAUUAGAGGAUACCUACAUGCAGGCAGUAACCCGGAACGAGUGGAAAAAGAGGCUGGAAUCCCCUUCUAGAGACCUUAUUAUUUUACAUAACCCCAAGCUUAUGGUUCACUACCAGCCAUUUGGAAUGACAGACGAAUGGGGGGCCAGCCCAAGUGAGCAGGGUCGGCCCCAAACUGUAAAGAGAGGGGUAGAAAAUAUCUCUGUGGAAAUACCUCAAGGUGAACCAGCCCAGAUCGAUCACUUGGUCUUUAUGGUUCAUGGUAUCGGACCAGCCUGUGAUUUGCAGUUUCGAAGUAUUAUGCAAUGUGUAAAUGAUUUCCGUCUUGUGUCUUUGAAUCUGCUGCACGCACACUUUAAGAAGUCCCUGGAACAAGGACACAUUGGCCGGGUAGAGUUCCUCCCUGUGGACUGGCACAGUGCUCUGCAUGCUCAUGCCACUGGAGUAGACAAAGACAUCCAGAGGAUCACUCUGCCCAGCAUCUGUCGCCUUCGUCAGUUCACCAAUGAGACAUUACUGGACCUGUUCUUCUACAACAGCCCAACGUAUUGCCAGACCAUUGUGAACACCGUCUGUGGGGAGAUGAAUCGCAUCUACCGCCUUUUCUUGGAGAGGAACCCCACAUUCAAAGGACGUAUCUCAGUCACAGGACACAGUCUUGGAUCUCUUAUUCUGUUUGAUCUACUGACUAACCAAGCUGAUCCCACAGGCAACACUCCUCUCAAAACAAAGGCUUCUGUGCAGAAAUCAGAAUGUCAGCCAAACAAACAAACGCUGAAAGACGUCUUGAAUGAGCUGGAGCUGGCGCAGUUCGUUGACGUGUUUGAGCGAGAAAUGAUGGACAUAGACGCUUUGGUUCUCUGCUCUGAGCAAGACUUGAAGAAUCUGGGGAUUCCUUUGGGACCAAGCAAAAAAAUAGUCCAGUAUGUAAAAUACGGAAAGCAUCUUCAGGACACUAAUUGCACAGCCUCGGAGUCCUCCUCAAAUAAUGACCUAACUCCACCUCCGCUCACCUCGGGCACCACUUUAAACAUGGUCAAUUAUGAAUACUUUGAUGUAGGAAUGGGACAGGUGAGAAUCACUUACCCACAGCUCAGUUUCAACCCCGAGAUAUUCUUUGCCUGGGGUUCCCCCAUUGGGAUGUUUCUGACCGUACGUGGGUUGAAGAGGAUUGACCCCAAGUACCAGUUCCCCACGUGUAAACGUUUCUUCAAUAUCUAUCAUCCAUUUGAUCCGGUCGCAUACAGGAUCGAGCCCAUGGUCCUGAGGGAAGAGGAGUUUGAACCAAUGCUGAUCCCUCACCAUAAGGGCAGGAAGAGGAUGCAUUUAGAAUUGAGAGAAGGACUGACACGGAUGGGUACGGACCUACUGGGGUCUCUCCGGGUAGCCUGGCAGACAUUCACCCGGCCCCCUAUGCCUACCUUACCACCCCCCACUGCAGAAGCUGCGGAGUUGCCUGUUUCUGAGCUUCCACCGGCCCCAGAAGCCACGCCUGGUGCGGCAGCUGAAGAUUCUACUGUGAAAGAAGAACCGAUAGAGCUCGAUGUGGGGAUGUUAAAUGGGGGUCAGCGAUUUGACUAUGUUCUCCAGGAAAAGCCAAUCGAGAGCUUCAACGAAUAUCUAUUUGCUCUACAGAGUCACUUAUGUUACUGGACUUCGGAAGACACUGCGUUGCUGUUUCUUAAAGAGAUAUAUCAAACAAUGGGAGUCAGCAUGGAUCAACCACUUCAGUAAUGGCACGACACACAGCUGCACAGUGCAUAUGGGUAAUAUACAUCCUUUUAUCGGGUCUUCCUACUCGGGCGGAACCUUUUACUGAUGAUCCGACAGAACACAGUCUUGAUGCCGCCUCAAGUGUUGUCUUAAAACGCUUUUCAUGACCUUACUGCUACAUACAGUUAUAUUCUGCACUGCAUUUUAUGGGUGUUAGUAGUUUAGGCGUACAGGGGUAAACCAUAAAAAUGUCAUUUCUCAGCACUUAAAGGGGUUGUCCAAGAUGAGAAAAGAAGGUCA